GCCCGGCAUCUCUCUGUCCUCAAGACAUCAAGUUGCUUGGACGACUUCGUAGACUUCAUCGUAGAGAACCCUGCCUCAGCUAUCUACACGAAACACUUGUCAGUCUAUCAUGGCGCAUGGACCCCACAGUCACGCAUCAAUUGGCAGCUUCACCCGCUGCUUGUUGGAAAAGAGGGGAUCGCAAUCGGGACCCGUUUGGAUCAAGCUGCGGAUAAAGCGUUCUGUAGGUACAAGGAAUUCAUCGAGACAGAACGGCAGACUCCGUUACGUAACUAUCGGAAAAAGGUUUAUCGCCUCCUCCAAUUAUUUCCUUGCCUUAGCCGGCUCACGAUAGGCCAUCUCAACAAGUAUCGCUGGCGUGGUAUUAGAAAGCCGCAGUAUGCAAAGUUGAUCGGCAAGAUAUGGCUUCUCCCAAAACUUGAAGACAACAUCGAAGAGGCUAUCCAGAUCAUACUUCCUACGCUUAACUCUCUGCCGAACAUUACGCACAUCGACUUAGAGGGAACAUUUGCUCCUCCGUCCUGGCCGACCCAAAGCUACAAAUAUAUUACGAGUCUCACGAUCAAUCCUCUAUUAGUCCGGGAGUCCCACGAGGAGAAGGCUAUUGAAUUCUUGUCCCAGUUCCCGCGUCUCCAGAGGUUAUCAAUAUCGCUAAGUCCAGCUAGGCUCACCUGUCUCCCGUUGGGAAAGUUAUUGUUUCCGAGGUUAAUCUACCUCAAAAUAGAGAAC